AACCUAGUAAACGAUGAUGGAUAUAGAGGUUACGUUUGAUCGCAGGCAAGUGUUGGGUCGUGGUGCAUUCGCCUCGGUGUUCGUCGGUAAAUGGAGAAACAUUGACGUCGCCGUCAAGAGGAUUCAACUUCACGACCUACUUACUGAUCGUGAGGAGAUGGCCAUGAAAGACCUUGACCAUCCAAAUGUUAUCAAACUCCUCGCGUUUGAAGAAGACUGUGAUUUCAAAUAUUUAAUUCUGGAACUUAGUUUGAGAACGGUAGAAGAGUAUUGUAAUGGAAAGUAUACAGGUAUUAUGCCGCCCGAACCUGAUGCGCUGUACCAGAUGGCCGACGGAUUGUCUUACAUUCAUUCCAGGAAUCUAGUCCACCUCGAUGUGAGCACUGGAAAUGUGCUUAUUGCCAGAAAUGAGGAUCAAGUGAUCUUGCUGAAGAUUUCGGAUUUUGGUUUUUGCAAGCCAGCAUCCAACACCGGAAGCUUCUCGACGAGCGAAGGUUCCAAAGGAACCAAAAAAUACGUCGCUCCGGAAAUGUUGAAAUUGAUGGAUCAUAGAUCGGGAGGUGAGAAGCCGAGGGGUAAUGCGAGCAGUGACAUUUUCUCUAUGGGGUGUCUUUUUUUCAUUUAUCUUACCAAAGGCCUUCAUCCCUUCUCCGACGGAUCCAUUCAUACAAUUCCAUUGAACAUUAUUGACAACAGACAGUAUUUAGGAAGCUUGGAUGAGAGACACGGUUAUGCUUUACCUUUGAUUAAAGGGAUGAUUCAAGCAGAUCCUGAAACGAGACUGGGAUUGGAUAAAGUUAAAAAGCAAUUGCUUCCGCUUUUACGUCCUUCAGCUGUCUGAACUGUGUGAUAGACAUAUCAAGAUUUCCAGAACAAUAAAUACGAUCAGAGUAAUCACACAUGCCAAGUUAUAACUUCCAAAAGGUGACUAAUUAGUCCACUAGUAAGUAGUAACGAAUUGGUGGUAACUUUUAUUAACAGUGUAGGUCGGGGAAAAUUUUAAAGAUAGUAAAAACUAAAAAGGGAUUUAACUAACGAAUGACCAUUUCGCAAGGCUUUUUCUUAAUGAAAUAAAAAAUAUUUAUUUGCUGUAAAAAAAUUGAUCCUUCCCUGCAUUUUGCAAAUGUGACAACGCUGUCAUGCUCGUAGCCACUUGUUUUGUUUAUUUUCUUAUCACUUGAAAUUAAUUUUCUUCGUCAACUUGAAAUUCAAAAAAAGUAUCGCAUAUUUUCUUAUCUAAGUAUUAUUAGCUAUUGUUCAUACAGCCAGCAGUUGCGCAGCACAUAUUAAAGUGAUUUCCCCUUCUUUGGAGCCUUCUUUCAAAGUAAAAUGGAGUAUGGCGGUAAGUCAGUUACAUUCGAUAGGAAAGCCGUGUUGGGUAAAGGAGCUACUGCUGUCGUUUUCUCUGGCACAUGGGGCAACCAAAAUGUCGCUAUCAAAAGAGGUGAAUUGCCCAAAUUCAACGUUCGUGAGGAAAGCACCAUGAAAGCCAUUGGGCAUCAUGAAAAUGUCAUCGAUUGUUUUGGCAUUUUGAAAGACUGUGAUUUCAUAUACAUCAUUUUAGAAUUGUGUGAUGCUACAGUGGAACAAUAUUGCCAAGGAAGUUACAAAGGAAUUGUACCUCCUGAUUAUCAAGCCCUUUACCAGAUGGCGGAUGGACUACACUUCAUUCACUCAAAGAACCUUGCCCAUCGCGAUAUAAGCACAAGCAACGUGCUUAUCAAGUUAACUGGUGACAAGGUCGUGCUGAAAAUAGCUGAUUUCGGGGUUUGUAAAAUUGCUUCCAAUAGCGGCAGCCUGUCGAUGAGUGGUGAUGGAUGCAAAGGAACACUCCCUUUUAUUGCUCCCGAGCUGCUCAAACAGAUGCAAGAUGAUAACUAUCAAGAAUCAAAUGAAAAUGGAGUAAGAGGGCACACCAGCAACGACAUUUUCUCCUUGGGUUGCGUAUUUUACCGAUUUCUCACUAAAGAUGGACAUCCCUUUAUAAAAGGCGCGGUGAAACUGUGUUAUCUCACAAUAAAUAAUCGGAUUAAAUCGAAUAUUCUCGAUAACAAACAAUCUUUGGAACGCUUGAGUGAGGAGCAAGCUUUUGCCAAAGCUUUGAUAGUAAAAAUGAUUGAUCCGGAAAAAGAAAAAAGACCCCAACUGGAAGCGGUAAAAGAAGAAUUGUAUUCACAUUUAAAUAGCAUAGAUCUGCAGUCAAACUGUACUCCUUCUGUUCCAUACUUAGUUGAAGGUGUUUAAAUACGCCAUCACAUAUGUUCAGUUCUUUAUGAUGGGCUAAAGUCGCAAUUGUUCAUUGUUUCAAAUGUUUAGGAAAAUGCUGGUUUGGUAAACUAAUAUCUUUUUGUUUUUGGCAAAUUUUCUAGUAUAACAUUUUUUUUCCUUCAAUAUAGUCAUGCUGUCAUGGCAAAAAAGAAGUUCACGUAUUACAAAUUUACAAUCUU